UAUACAAGCAAGAAGUAUCAUUUUACUAAAAUUAUAAUGAAUACCGAUCAAAAAACUAAUUUUUCGUUACAUAUCAACGUUACAGAUAUACUUUUAACGCCGCUCUCGUGUUCAUCGUUAGUGAGCGAAGUUCUAAAAGGAGUUUUGUAUCAAAAAAGCCAAAUUCCUUACACUUACGACUGCAUGAGGACUCUAGUGACUAGAAAGCGGCAGAAAACCGAAGGAGAAAAGGUAGAUAUUAGGGCUGCUAAUUAUUUUCAUCUCGUAUCAGGCGUUUUCGAUAAACUCGAGUUGGCUAUGUUAGAGUUGAAGAACGAAUUUUCCCAUUGGAAGUCUGGUAUUCGAGAAGUUUUAAUAGUUUUCGGUACCACACCGGUUACUGCAAAUGAAGUCUUCUCCAUCAAGUUUUCUUCCCUAGUCGAAGGCCAUAACGAAAGAAAUCAUAUAUUACAACUGAAUCAAUACCAGAAGAAAAUACUAAGAAAAUUGUUCCUAUCUCAAGACUGGCUAGAUAGAAUCGAAGGAUCUUCUACGUGCACUAAUAUAUUUUUAUAUAUUUUAAAAACUAGAGUUAACAGUGAUAGUUUAGCAGAACAAAGCGUAUUUGUUCCCACGAAUCCGGUGAAUUUUUCUCCAAAAAUGAAGCGUACGAACAUCAUAUUUAAAUCGAGUAACGUGCUCGAUACAAAUUGUUGUGAUAAUGUAGAAAUUUUUGACGAUGUGAAUGAAAAAUCAUGCUCGGUGAACGAUGUAUGUGAUACAGAGCAGGCCGAAACUGACGUAGAUUGGUACAAAUUUAAAGAUUUAGUCAAAGGUUUUAAAGAUUGUUUUGUUAACAAGAGAUCUCUUAGCGAAUUGUGGUAG